AUGGCAGUUCCACUAAACGAAAUUCUACAGAAGAAGGGCUCACUUCACAGAACUCCACCACCAAGAGCUCCAAGCAACAAGCCACCCCCAGCCACAAGAAACAACCCAAUUCCAAACAACAAUACUGAAGUUAACAUUGCCCAGCUCAUCCCUGGUGUGAAACUUAGAAAGACUGGCAUGCGGGACAGCUUGAUUGCAGAGGAUAUUGAUAACAAACACACUGCUGAUACUGAUGAGCCAAAGAAUGAGCUUCAAAGUAUUAUAGCUAAAAGAAGAGCAAUGUUUGAUCACAAAGAGGAAGCAGAGGUGGUGAAACCAAAAAAGGCACCUAAGCCUAGACCAAAGCCAUCUGUAGACAAUCAUAAACCAGGCAAGGAAAAUCUACAGACCAAACAACGAUCAGGCUCAACUUGUAGUGACAGCAGUGGUGAAAACAAAGAUAUAAUUUUAACUAACAAAAACAGAAAUGUUGUUUGUAGGGAUUCCAGAGGAGACCCAAAACUAUGCAAUCUGCCUACAAUGGAAAGUCUUGGGAAAGCUCCCGCUAAGCCUUCAAAACCAGAUAGUUUAGUAAAGUUGUUGGAGAAGUAUGAGAGCAAGAGUGUCAUUAUGGCACCACGACGAAGCAUACUGCAGAGCAGCAGCAACACCAGUAUGGGUAUGACUAUAACAGCUUAUCUAGACAAUACAUGCACAAAGCCUGCAGCAAAAUCAUUUAACCCUUUCACUACCAAGACCUCAUUUAGUCAGGAAUUCUACUUACUUUCUGCUACACAGUUCCUAUGAAUUUAGUUCUUGGUGUUUAGUAUUGGAUCAACCAAUAAUCCCUUACUUGACAUUUUUCUUUAUUCUCAACUCUUGUCUGCUUGAUAUUGUAUUGAUAUUGUAAGGAGAAAUUCUGUCUUGGUUAAUAGUUAAUGGAUUAAUAUCAAUAUUUUUCUUUUUCUUUUAUUAUUGGUAUCACAUUAAGCUUAUAAAGUAAUUAAAAAAGCAUUUGAGAAAUUUUGAUUAAAUGAUGUAAUAGUUGCAGGAAUGUUUACACAAUUGUGUCAUCAAUUUUGACAAAACUGAUUCCGCACAAAUUUGUUUUUUAGGUGAUGCUAUCGUUGAAGAUAAUGAUGACGGAGAAAUGUACGAUGAUGUUGAUGAAAUUAAAAAUCAGAUUCUGGGAGGACAAGAAGAUGAACAAGGCAAACAGGAAGCAAAUGGUAAUAACAAUGUUGUUGAUUAUAUAGCAAUAAAUAUUAAAAAUUUAAAUCAAAAAUGCUAAACUCUUCACACCCAGAGAUCAGUAUGCGUAUUCUGCUGACAAGGAGAAUUUGUUGAACAAUCAAGAGCUUCUUAAGUUGGUGAUUAUUUCCUUCAUUCUCAUGACCUUAAUGUGUAAUUCAGGGCUGAUGUUGUAAGGAGAAAUAAGAUGUUAGUCACUUUUAGGGGUUAAAGGGUUAAGGAAUGAAAACUACAUUUAUUUUGUGUGCUCAGUAAAUGGCUUUCCUGUUCUUUACCAUAGGAAUUUUUGAAGAAAACUAUGAUGAUGUUGGUGGAAUGGAGGAGAAUACAGGAAGUAACACUCAAGGGCAGAAUCCUGAGCCAAUUUGUGAUGAAAACUAUGAUGAUUUAGAUACUGUGAAGGAACAGGCUCUUCAAAUACAAAAUGGUAAAGUGAUUUUUUAAAGAUAAUACAACUCAUACAAAUUUUAAUGGAAACUUUUAUCCCAUGUUCUUUUGUAUAGUUAAGCACCUAUGACUGUGGGUCAGGCUUUAUUUCAGAACUCAAAUAGUGCAAUCAGUGAAUGACAGUACAAACACCUGUGCAUUUGUGCAUUGUGCAUUGUGCAUUUUGCAAUUCUUCUAAAAUAUUAGUUGGUUUCAUGGAAAGUAAAAAAUCAAGUUUGUUGAUUGAUUUAUUUGCUAAAUAUUUUUUUUAUUAUUUACAAGUCCCAUAUAGAGAAAGGUCCUACUAAGCUUAGACUGUUUCAGAGUAAUAUAGGUCUGUGUUAGCAAGCUAAGAUUGUAGUAUUUACAAAAAUGAAAAUUAAUAGCGUAGAAAAAACCAUUACUGACAAUAGAUCAUCAGGUUUUUUGAGUUUGUGGCUAUUAACACAAUUCUAAUUUUAAAAUGCUCUAAAUUUCUAGAUCUAGGGAAUUGCUUUACUAUUCUAGAAUUUGGUGGCGAGGUGUUCUUCAAUAUUUGAUCCCAGUGAACCAUCAUUACUGUUUGAUUCAUGUUUGUUCAACAGAUUUUGUAGGUGGUGAUAAGUCUUUUAUUGGUGGAGAGGAAUUGUAUGAUGUAUUGGCAGCUGAAGAAGAGAGUAGGGACGGAAAGAAUCAUGGUGGGCAUGACACCCAGAUUGAAAAUAACAACACUCCACCUCCAUUACCUUCAAGGUGUGCAGUCUGUAUUUUUAUCGUCAAUUGUAUAAUAAUGUUUGCAAACAGAUAUCUGCUUUUCAAUUUAUCUUAAAAUAUAGAAAAUUUAGUUCUAAAAUAAUUUAGUUCCUGUUAUUUUGAGAAUUAAGAACCAGUGGUACCUUUAAAUACUUAACCCUUUAUGCCCCAACAUUAUUAAUUCUCCACACUUUUUUCUAUACAUUUCCUAUGGUAAUGACAAGGAGAAUUUGUUGAACAAUCAAGUUUAAUUGGUUGGUGAUUAUUCCUGUAUUCUUUUGACCUUACUUUUUGAUUCAGCAGUGAUAGUUGUAAGUAGUCACUCUGGGGGUGUAGAUGAUUAAAACUCAAAUUUGUAGGUAUCUUUUCUUCAAGGUCAAAUGAGAAAUUCUGGAAAAUUGUCUUACGGUUUCUUUUUUUUGGUGUGUUAUUUGAUAUUUCUUAUUAAAUUCUUAGUAGUUUACCACGCAAAGAAAAAGCAAAGAAAGAUCUUAAAAAGGAAAUGGAAAACCAGAAAAAGAAGGAAAAAGAAGAACUUAAAAAGAAGAAAGAAGAUGAAAAAAGAAGGGAACGGGAAGAAAAAGAGGAGAAAAAAAGGAAAGAAGAAGAGAAGAAGAAAAGGGAACGAGUUGACAAGGAGCUCUGCAGGAAACACAAAGUAUGAAAUAUUUUCAAUUGGUAAAUGAUUCAUUUGCCGAAAACAGCUUUUCAUUCUGUAUGAGGAAAAGCUGAAUCAUGGCAGAUUUUCUCAGCACUUUUUUGUUGACACUGCACCAGCCCAGAUUGGAAAAAAUAUCCAUUGGGACAGGUAGAUCUUCACUAUUAAGUUUUAAUCCUUUUCCUUGCGGGAGUGACCAAGAAGGUUUCUCUCAUAGAGAAGGUCGAAGAGAAGAAAGAUAAAUACCAAAAAAAGAGUAAUGUUUGAUUCAAGUCCUUAACUCCCAAAAGUGAUUGGCAUGUUACUUCUCCCUGUUACAUCCCUAUAGUAUCCAUACAUAAUCCAACAAACAGGUGAUUAGAAUACCCUUAUAAACAGGUUUUUCAGUAAAUGUAUUCCAGCACCAAUUAAACUUAUCAGGUAGAAGUUAUAUUUUGAUCAUAUUUUACACCAAGUUCUGGCAACAAAUUUGCAAGGAAAUGUGUAACAGCUAGAGGUGAUAAGUAACCAUCAGAUUUUAUGAGUUAAAGGGUUAACAGCAAUUCUCUAGGGCUGUGAUUACAAGAAUUGUGUGUUGCAAAGAGAAGAGAGUUUAUAUUGAGGUUGUAUUAGUGAGAGAGUCAAAACGAACACUCCAUGGGGGUGAAAUAUGUUGGCUCAAAGCCUACUCCUACAUUUUACAUUAUGAGAAACUAUAUUCUUACACAUUUACUGUUGUUUUAGUCUUAAUCCUUACAACACACCCAAGAUCUCAUUAGUAAUUCUCCUUACUGUCUGCCAUACAAUUCUUUUGAAGUUAGUUUGGAUAAUUUGGUACUGGAUCAACUUAUAAUCCCCUUAUUGAUUUUAUCUUCACUCCAAUCAUUUUUCUGCGUGAUACUUUUGACUAAUCCCCAUAUAAUCCUUUGCAGAUCAAACCAGGAAAUGAAAAUACUGGGAUAGGAGAGGCCAAGAGCAAUUUUGCUGGGGAUGGAAAGUUUGAACUGCCAGUAAAAGAAAGAGAUCCCUUGGUUGUUGUCAGUGAAAAAAAUUGCCCUCAAGGAAAAUGGCUGGUCCAGAAUACUGCAGGACAUUGUAUGUAUCAUUGACUUUGAAUUCUUUGAUUCUGUGUAUUGUUGUCAAACGUUUGAAGAAACUUAAUGGUUAUUUUUGACUAAUUUCAAUAGAUGGGUACAUUCCUACAGAGCUGAUUCAACUCAAAGUAAGCAUAUUUUAAAGACAACAUUUUAACCUUUUUCUUUUUGUCACAUUCUAACUUCUUAGUGUUGAGUUUUUGAGUUAAUUUAAAUCGUAUUGGUUUUUUUUCAGAUUGACAGUGAUGGAAAUAGGAUGAGGUAUGGAUUAGUAAUUCAUUUUGUUUGAUUUUCAAUUUUAAUAAAUAGCUUAGACUUUGAGGGGUUUUCCUUGGCAUAGAACAGAAAAAAAUAUAAACAAUUUAAACUGUCUGCAAAGCUACAAAAUAAUAUAAAAAAAACUGUUGGUUAACCUUUUGAACAACUCAGCACUGAUUGUUAAUCCUCCCUCUAGCUGCUACACAUUCCCUUGAUAAGUUUGAGAAUUCUUAUUACUUGUUUGCUCUAUAGUGUAUAGAUAUUAUGGUGAGAAGUUACGUGUUAAUCACUUCAAGGAUUGAAAGGGUUAAGAACUUUUUUUCGGUUAACAGUGCAAUCAUAACUGAGGAUUUUUAUGAAGAUGUAGAUCAGUAUCAAAAAGGUGGACAGAUCAUAGAAGAAGGUAAAAAUUAAAUAUGUUGUUUAAAAUAUCUUUGGGAGUAGUCUCUAUACAAAGGAUGAACAAGACAUCCUACCUUAGAAUAUUAUGUAAGGAGGAAUUAAUUUAUUGUUCUUGCAAAUCAAUGACCUUUUCUUUUCUCAUUACCUAGGUUUUUAGUACAAGACACCUUACAUGUGUCUGUUUAACCUGAGGGCAGGUUAUUAUGUUUGGGUUUUGCCUAACUUCCCUUUCUUAGGUGGCUGCAGUAAAGCAGUAAAAAGUUGUCCAAACCCCUGGGUGUGUAAUCCUGAUGUGCUGCAACCCUAGUCUGCAAAAUAAGGCCAGAGUGGAAACAGUGGGAAGGGACAAUAAGAAUUACCACAAUAAACCAUACAAAGGAAACUGUUUUUUGUGUUACUUCAGAAGUCUUUUCUUCAAAGGACAUUGCUGAUCCUCACAGUAUACAGGAUGUGUGUCAUGAAUGAACUUAGUGAUAACCUUGCUCACCAUAGAGUCUUUGUAGCUCAACGGUAGAGCAUUGGAGUGCAGAGUCUUAAGGUCUGAGAUCCCGUCCCUCACCAGAACUCAAGAAUUUUCUAUUUUUCCCAGGCUCACAAUAAGACCAAUAACAUCUUUCUCUAUUUCUUCAUUCAACUCAAAAUUUUUACCUUAGAAAAUUAAAAAAAAUAUAUUUCUUAUUUGUAUUUCUUCAAUCUUUGCUAUCAUUUCAGAAGAUGACCAAGAGGUGUAUGAUGAUAUAGGGGGACAAGGUACAAACACUGCUUCAAAUUUGGCUCUAUCACAAAUUCUUUAAGUAAUUAAUCUAUUAACUUACUAAUUUUUCAAAAGUAUUCAUUGAUUCAUUUUUUUUAUAGAUCCAAUUGAUGAAGAAUUGUAUGAAGAACUUCCUGCUGAUCAGUAA